AAAAAUUGUCGGCUCUUAUAAAGGUGAAUGUUGCCACUUGUUGAUUCAUUUCUAAGAUUAAUAGAUAAUUCAGCAACAAUAAUGAAAGUUCGCGCCGUUCUGUUUAUUUCACUGGUUCUUUGCUCUCUACUGAGCCUAACUGCAUCGAGAUCGGUUGCUGUGGAACAUGACACGUGGCACGUGACACGCCACGUGGCGGCACGCCACGUGGAGAACCAACCUAAGCCUGCUAUUGCAGAGAAGAUUUCCGGUGCCGAUCAUCUCACUCCUGAACCGAGGUCGUGCUGUGGAUUGACAGGUAUUGCGAUUGGUAGUGCCGCCGGGUCGAUGAGAAGACAUGUACGUUAGCAUAGCGCAGCGAACCAUACAGAAUGUUUUGAACUCUCACUACGCUGUCCCGUGUUAAGGUGCGUACAGAUAUACGCGCCGCGAACAUCAGCAAUUCACUUUUAAUCAGCUGACUAUAUCUGUAUUUUCACAGAAACGGUAAGAUACAGCCGAUGCCAAGGCUUCUUAUAUCUGUAUCUUACCGUUUCUGUAAAAAUACAGAUAUAGUCAGCUGAUUUUAUUUAUUUGCCAAAAACAAAAUACAAAAAAGCUUUACAAAAAAUAAAUAUAAGGAUAUGCUACUGCACUUAAACCAAGAUACAUACAUAUAUUUAUUUAGAUAUAAUAACGAAAUGAUAUCCUUUACAUUACAAACAAUAGUUUUAAAAUGAAGAUUCAAUUUAUGAUCACAUGCAUAAGUACAGUAGGUGAGGCAAAAACACCGGCAAAAGGAAGAUUCCUUGUGCGCCAGUGGGAGUCGUAAAUCAGCUUAAUCAGGGAUGUAAUAUAUUAACUUGAGUCUAGCGUAUGAAGUGUUCGAAAAUAUUAUUUAUAAUAUAUUUUCGAACACUAGAUUGAAAGUGAAUUGCUCAUGUUCGCGGCGCAUGAAUCUGUACGCACCUUUAUUCUACACUAAGUUCAACCCUGAGUGGACUGUAGAGAAAUCGAUAAUAAAGAAAUGAAUUGCAAUAAAGAA